AUGAACGGUAAUUGUCUCGUGAAAAGCAUUGUGUACAAAGCGGAAGUUAGCUCGGAUAAUGGAGAAGUUGGUCAAGCAUUAUAUUGGUAUAACAUCAGAAAAGUAGCUAAAUCCCAGAAUGUUUCAUGGUGCGAACACUGGAAAUUCUUGGAUGGCUUUACAGACCUCUCAACGAGCGAUGGAUUAGUAAAACUUGAGGAGUAUCUCAAGACCAAAGCACAUAGAUUAAACUUGGAGAAAACAGUGCCUGUUGAAACACGUGUUCCUAUCGAAAGCUCUUCGUUUUGUUCACCCUGCGGUUCCAUUAGUGAUGAUGUUUUCGAACGCUCCGACGGGACUCCCUUGUCCUGCAUAAGUUCAAGAAAUAAGAAUUCUAAUUUAAAAAACUUUCGAGGCCGCUUAAAGUUAGAAGAAUCACUGGAAGAUAGGGGCACAGAACCCAUAAUUAAACACGACGCGUCACAGAAAACAUGCGAGAAAAUCUGCAGCAUUAAACAGUCGCUGUCGUCGUCGGACACUAAUGAACUUUCUCCUGACUACGAUAAAAGAUCCUCAGACAUUUCAAAUUGCUCAGAAAUCUCGUUAUCAGAACUUACUUCCGAGAUUCGCAUAUUAAGUGUCGGUGAUGACCCAAAUCCAAGAGCUGAAACAAAUUUUCUUAAUCUCGUGUCCGACUGUCCCACUAUCAAAGACCAAAAUAACUACGACACAAAAGAUACCCCGAGAAAGACGAAUAGUGAUAAAGCCAGCUUGUUCAUUGAAGGAAAUCAACCAAGCAAGGUGGACUUGGAUGUCUUUCGCAUUAUUAAAACAACAACCGUGGAUCCUGCCUCGUAUCCGUACAUAUCUUGUUGGCUGAAAAAUGUUCGUUCCUUUUCAAAGACGAAUCGUUUAGCCUGGCCUAGUCCUGGAUCUCCACGAUACCAUGAAACACGCAGAAGCAUGUUGAAAACGUGGAGCUGUUAAUUGAAUAAAUGUUUACACAAUAUGCACAAAUUUAUUAUUGUAUAUUCAUAUUUUGUUCGUGAAUAUAUUAAUAUUUUGUGGUUGUAGUGUAUUUUAGAAUAUUAGGUAUCAUAUUGCUUUACU